AUGAGAGUGAGGAAUGAGAUACCUGCAGGUACGCUGAAACACAGGACAGGUUUUACUCUUGGUGGAAACAUACACAGCUGCCAACAUCAGGAAUAAAGCAUUGGAAGCCUAUCAACCCUGCCUAUAUAUUCAUAGAAACCUGCUCUAACUUAAACAUUUCAGACCAGAGGCGCUGAUACAGUGAACAAAGGAUGACAAACAUCUCCCGAUAUCUUGUCAGUCACCUGCUGACGUUCUCACUUCAGGACGGGGAUGUGCAGGGCGUGGAGGAGGCCAAGUCACGUCUCUCCUUCCUGGCUCAGAACAAAAAGCUGUGGAUUCAACAGAUGUAUCUGGACGUCGGAGCGGCAGCCAUUCAUCUCCGAGACAUACAGAGCCAGGACGAGCUGGAGAAAUACUCUUUCAAAUCCAUCCACCGCUGCGAUGCCAUUAACACUGAAAAACACUUCCCAUCCCUUCUUCUAUUAGUCUGCCAAGGUGUAGAUCAGAAGAAACCGGACAUUCACUUCUUUAACUGCGAGACUGUGAAGGCAAAGCAAAUCUCUGACGACAUCUCACGCGCAGUUUUGGGGUCCUCCUCAAGCCGGAGUAAGAAGCUCCCUGAUGGCCUCAGGCCUCCUCAGAGUGAAGGAAAGAUGAUCAACCCGAGUGAAAUCCCAAGCCACCCCAUCACACAAGCUCCAAACCCCCCACCAUCCAACCCUCCGCCUUACCCCGGACUCAGAGUGAACGGCGGGCCUGACAUCUCCUUCCUGCGAGCAGAGAGAGAAGUGGGGAUCCUCAAUCACUGUUUCGAUGACAUCGAGAACUUCAUGGCCAAGCUGCAGAAGACUGCAGAGGCUGCAACAGCGCUGAGCCAGAAGAAGAAGAAAAAGAAGAGUAAAAGUAAAAAGCAAACUACUGAAGAAGAUUCACUCGCUGCAAAUGCCCGACCUCCACCAGAGGAGGAGUUCAUCGAUAUCUUCCAGAAAUUCAAAUAUUGCUUUAGCCUGCUGGCCCGUCUGAAAUCAACCAUCUCCAAUCCUUCCUCAGAGGAGCUUGUUCACCAUGUAUUCAAACCAUUGAAUAUGAUGGUGAAAACAACAGGGGGACCAGAUCUCGGAGCCACGGUGUCCAGCCCCGCCCUGACCAACUCUGCUGUUUCCCUGCUACAAGACAACCUGAACGAGGAGGAGAGGCAGCUGUGGACAUCUCUGGGUCCCAACUGGACGCUCCCACGGUCUCAGCUCAGAGGGCCUGUAGCUCCGUACACCCCAGUGUUCUUGAGUGGUUGGAAGCCGGAAGCCCUGAAGGCAAAUGGGCAGGUUUGGGAGGAUCCGGUUGAGUCACAGCACAAACUCGAGGACCUCCGGGUAAAACAAGAGCAGUCUCCUCAGCUAGUCGGACCUCCAGAAAGGCACGUCAGAGAUGAAAGACUUCAGCCAGAGCCCGAGAGACUGUACAGCUGCACCUAUGAAUUCAUAGCCAGGAACAGCAGUGAGCUUUCAGUGCAGCAGGGGGAGACACUCGAGGUGAUCGAAUCAUCCAAGCGCUGGUGGAAGUGUCGCAAUCGCUUCAACCAGAUCGGGUUUGUUCCCUUCAACAUCCUGGAACCUGUGGCUCACGCAGACAGUCCCGUCACAAACAAACCCCCGAGUGCUCCAGCUCCACCUACCCUCAUCAAGACCAUCUCUGCGGUCCCACCCAGCCCUCCUGCUCCACCCCGCGCCCCCUCCCACUCCCCCAAGCGUCCCCACAGCUUACCAGCAUACAGCCAACACGUACCAGUUGCAGAGGACACAGAUAAUAAAGUCAUGCUGAUGAAUGAUGAGCUGCUCCAGAGACUGACCAAUGGAAAGAAUAUGAACAAACCCCUGGUCAUCCCUCGCUCCUCAGAGACCUCCAUUCCUCUGGACUACCACUCUCCUCCAGAGGAGGUAGCGGAGUGGCUCCGAGGGAAGGGCUUCAGUGAACCAACGGUGUCAUGUUUGGGAGUGCUGACAGGGGCCCAGCUCUUCUCCCUCAACAAGGAGGAGCUACGAUCUGUGAUUCCAGAUGAGGGUGCCAGAGUGUACAGCCAGCUCACUGUGCAGAAAGCACUACUGGAGGAUGCCCGGAGGGCCACAGAGUUGGAGGCAGUCAUGGAGAAACAGAAAAUGAAGGUUGAUCUGAAACUGGACAGCACCACAUUGUGAGCAGCAGGCGUCUACGUCAUGAAUUUUCAGAUGAAGGAUUGUGAUAUUCUGGUGUUAUUGUCACUAAAGAUCCAACUCCUGAUUUAUUGAUUGUACUCACCAGGGAACAACUGUGGAAUAGUGACUCAAUCAUACAGCAUUGUCUGAAGACCACAACGGUCAUUAUGACAUAAUUAGUUCAUGUUAAACCUGAAGUAUUUAGAAGUGAAUAAGAAAUUUAAGCUUUUUAUCAGGCAGUGCUGUUCAAAUUAUAUAUUUUAUCAUUAAAGUACACCAUUUGUAAUUUAUGUUGUUGAUUUUAAUGUGAGGUUUCCUUCAGUCUCAUUUCUGCCUUGUAGGUGAAGACUAAUUUCAAUAAAUGAAAUGUAUUUAUCUUUGUAUUUAUGCUCGUUUAAUAAUUCAGCCAUGACUAACGUGCUGUGACAAGAACGCGGCGAGCACACAAUAAAAAUAAAAUGUUGGGAUUUCUUUUAUUUAGAGACUUCAAAGAAAGAUUUCCAGCAGAACAUAAACAGAUAUGACUUCACACAUUAGGUAAAGCAAUGCAUCCAUUAAAAUCUGUUUGGGUCAAAAUUUCAACUCAUGUCUCGACUAACAAAAGGUUAUGUACAGUUAUAGCAAUGAAUUUCCACUGUAUAAUUUCUGAACCUACUGCUUUGCAUGCCGACACUAACUUUGGAGGAACCAUUUAUUUUCAUUAUUUUAAAUAAACAAAAUCAAGAUCGAAACAAACUGAAACAAGAGACUUCAAAACAAGCACUGGCCAAACCAAUCAAAUAGAUUCCCUUCACUACUGACAGCAUAAAAUACAACUUGAUAGUAAAAAAAAAAAAAAAAAAA